ACCAUUCAAGGCUCACUUGCCGUGUCGUUCAGUCACACGUUCGAAUUUUUAUUGCACUCGAUAUAUAAUUUGUUCAAGUGAUUUGAGUUUUCGGGUUUCUGUUUUCGCUUUGUGCUUUCGUGUUGCGUUCAGUUCAGUUCGGUUCCGUGUUUUGUUUAUCGACGACAGUGGCCUGGCGGACAGGAUUUCAGUCGUUCGUUUGAGCUCGUUGCGCAUACAUCGGAACGAAGGAAGUGAAACAAGUGAUCUGCUGCUACAUGAUCGUUGAUCUAAACCGUACAAAGUGUUUUGACUGAGAGUGUCGGGAAGAAAGGACAAACGGAAUUAUAAAUGGAAUAACAAGCAAGGAUUAAAUGUGCUUCAAGUGAAAGUGGAUUUUAGAGACAAUCGUUUGUGAUUCGCCAGGAGCGAAAUUGGAAGAAAAUAAUACUGAAGAUAAGGUGAACUAUGCCAACAUCGAUCAUGCAGAAGAACUACAGCCAUUGCCCGCUCAAGAAGCGCCCAGUCUUCAUUCGCGAGGAGGAAGAUAAAAACGACUCCGAAUCUGAUAUGGAGCCGGAGAACCUCAGCACAAAGCCAGAGGAUCUUUCGAUGAAAAAGAAAAAGGCUCGUUCCGAGUCUCCAGUGCCUGUUGUGAUCAAAGCUGAAGACACUUUGCCAACACCGCCACCAUCAUCCUCUCCCGAUCCAACUGAAAUCAAAUCGCCGAUUUCAGUUCCAACUCCGAUCUACGGAUCACACCCAUCCAUCUACUACCCACCCUCAAGAUCUCCAUCCUCGCCUGCUGAACCGCUACACAACUUCUACAAAUCCGCACCCAAUGUGUAUCCUGGAUAUCCUCAUUUCCCAUACCCAAUGCCAUAUCCUUCGGAUCUGUACAACUUGGCGUAUCAUCAUCACAUCUCGCCACCACGAUCCGAGCCACUGUCUCCUUAUGGACAACGUGAAAGUUCGGUUUCGCCACCACAUCCAUCUCUGUACACCCGCCAGGAAUCGAUCUCACCGCCUACGAUGGUUCCGGCCUACCCAGCCUCUGAGCUGCGGAUAAACCAGAACAACAAUAUCAUCAAGUCGGAAUCCUUCGCUCGGCAGCACCGCUACAUGCCCUACAGUCUCAGCCAUCAUCAUCAGCUCAUGAUGCCUGUAGAACAUCCCACGCUAUCGCCAACCUCCAGUCACACCUCGUUCAAUUCGUACCUUUCGUCGAACCGAUCGCUUUCACCGGCCCGAUCGAGUCCUUCGACUGUUUCCGAAGAGAACAACAACAACACCUCAUCGCCAUCGAUCCUCACCGAAAAGUCCACCUCCAACUCCAACAUCCAGAAAGUGAAAAGUGAGAAGUCCAGUGAGAAAUCAAGUGGUAGUUCCAGUGGUGCCCCUCGAUACCAGUGCCCGGAUUGUGGCAAGUCCUACUCCACCUACUCCGGUCUAUCGAAGCACCAACAGUUCCACUGUCCAGCAGCCGAAGGCAACCAAGCUCAGAAGAUCUUCGUCUGCAAGGAGUGUGACAAACCGUACAAAACUCUCGGAGCCCUGAAGAUGCACAUCCGCACUCAUACGCUUCCAUGCAAGUGCAACCUCUGUGAUAAGGCUUUCUCGCGGCCGUGGCUUCUGCAGGGUCACAUCCGGACUCACACCGGUGAGAAACCCUUUAUCUGCAAGCUCUGCUCUCGGGCCUUUGCUGAUCGGUCCAAUCUGCGAGCUCACCAGCAAACUCACGAAGAUGUCAAACGCUUCAAGUGCCCAUCCUGUACCAAAUCGUUCUCGCGGUUGCCUCUCCUCACCAAACACACCGAAAGCGGGUGCCCUGGAAUCCAACUGGGGUCCCAAGUGGUUCCCGGAUCUCCCUCAUCGCACUCGCAUCAGGAUGACAAGUACAUUCCAACGGUGUUGCCUCACAGCAAUAUCGCCUGCUACUAGACAAAGUGUUUCGGAGCCAACCGGAAGUUCAACGAAAGUGCCUUUUUGGUCAUCAUUAAAACCCCCACAAAACCGAGUUCACCACAAAAGACUGAAACUUAUUGCCACCGCGAUUGAUUAGAUUUUUAUUGCCUUUAUCGAAGUGUGCUACAGAGAGGAAGAAAGACAGAGAAGGUUAGUGAAGAGUGACCGAGAGAAACACAGUUCAAAGUUUUGUAAAUAGGUUAUUUAUUCGUGAAAUCUAUUUUCCGAUAGAACUUUUCGAGUUUCCGCAAAAUUACCAAAAAGUAGUGUGUUUUCCCGAGUUUAAAUUCGAACGUCGCCAGAAAUUGUUUUUAGUUGUUGUAAGUUAUUUAUUUAUACCAUCAAAAAUCGAACAAAUCUCGAGUUACUGCUGGUCGCUUUCUCAGAUGAUCCUCGGGUCGCAAGGGAAAGCACAAUCACUUUCAUGAAAGUUUCUAAACUAGUCAGCUAGAAUAAUUCUUUGUGUAAACUACUUAAUUUCUUUCUUUUUAAAAACAAACAUUUAAGUGCAUAAGCUAGAAUCAUCUUAAGUUGUCUCAAAUCAGACCUAUUUCAAAAAGGAUCUCAGUUGUAUGAAAUUCCUAUUGCGAGAGUGUGCGAACCCUAGAGAAAGAGAGUGAAAUAAUGUGCCUUUUAACACGACUAAUCAGAUCGACCUUUUUCAUCAAACACAGAAGAAACUGAUGCAUUUCAAACCGCCAUUCACACUUACUCACGAGUGACAAGACAAAUUAGUCGAUAAGCCGAAUAGAAAUUUAACCGCUCUCUACUCUACACCGUAAA